GAGGAUGUUUCCGGUCACGUGAUUAUUUAACCUUUCAAGUAUGGUAGGAUCAUUGUUUAUAUCAAACUUAGUACUAAUGUUAUAAAUCGAGUAUUAUUGUGCUUUUGCUCUAGUUAUUGUACUGUGGAAAGACCAGAAACUGCAAGUUCAUUGUAUGCUGCCUGUGGAUAGUCAUUUGCCUAGUGUGAGAGAUGAAUAACACAGAACGGACAAACGGACAACAAACACCAACACUGGAUGACUUAAAUAAUGAGGAACUUGACACACUCAUACCAACUGUUUUCUAUUUGUCAAUCAUAUCACUGUCCGGAAUGGUUGGAAAUAGUUUAGUCAUUCACAUUUACCGGACUAGGUUCACAUUCUCUAAUGUGCAGUGUUUCGUCCUAAGUAUGGCGGCAGUAGAUUUAUUUUCUUGCUGCGUGGCGAUUCCACUCGAAAUUGUCACUGUUCUGGACCAAUAUACUUUCAAACUGGGGUGGCUUUGUAAACUGGCACGAUUCACAAACGGUGUGUGUACCAAUUCAUCAACAUUCUUACUUAUCUUUAUUGCAAUAGAUCGAUUCCGGAAGAUAUGGAAACCAUUUGGAUGGCAAAUAAAGGCAGGCGUUGCAAAAUGUUUAUGCGUUUUGGCUGUAGUUUUUGCACUGAUAAUUUCAUGGCCAGCCAUAAUUAUUUAUGGAAAAGAUACGUUCGAUAUCCAAGAAUUCAAUCUGACCGGAAGUGACUGUGGAACUAACAACGAUGUAAAAGAAACGCCAUUUCCGUCUUUAUAUACUCUCGCGCUUGCUAUCCUGUUCAUAGCUGGUGUUAUUUUAUUAGUGAUUUUGUACUGUAUGAUCGGACAAAAGGUAAGAAGCCAUGUCCACAACUUGAAUAAAGGACUUGGAAGAAAACAGUCGCAAGCAUAUCUGCAAAACCAAGCCACCGCAAGGAAAACGACUUUUGUCAUGUUUCUUGUAACACUUGUGUUCAUUCUAAGUUUUCUUCCACAUCUUAUUGUGAGACAGUUUAAGAGCAACUUUGCAGACGACUCUUCGACCGGAAGUAAAGCUGUUUACAGGAUCCUGACAAGGUCCUACUUCCUGAACUGUGCGGUCAAUCCGAUUAUAUACAGUAUAUUUGAUACGCGUUUCCGGCGCGCCUGCAAGAGGAAAGGAUCCGAACAUGUUUCCAGAACUAACGAUUCAUCUGCAAAUCUACAUAUGUCAACAUAUGCCAAAAACGAAACAUGUUUAGCUUCAGAGAUUAAGCCGCCCAGUCAGUAGCCGAACGAGUCUCGAAUUCGGAAUAAAAAAAUCCAAUAUAACAACUGUUCAAAAUAAUCAAGUUCUUGUAGAAUAAAAA